ACCCUGCAAGGACCGGGACGGGAAUUGCCCAUCCCUAGUCUUACUCUUUAUUAGAGGCCAGGCCCAUGAGAUCCCGGACUUGGACCCUGAAAGAAUCCCAAAAGCGUUUGAAGUGAAGGAGAAGAUUCUCUUGCCCUCGCUGUCUUCACUACGCACUCUUCUCAUUUCAUCAAAAUCAACGAAUCUCUUUCUCGAAUCUCUUCUCUUCAGCUGCUUCCUCCCUCUCUCUUGUCGUCGUCGAUUAUUACGAGUUUAAACCCAAUGUAACUCGGCGUUGAAGUAUCAGUUUCUCUUGUUUCUUCGACAAUCUCGGCCCUCCACUGAACCGGGAAUUUGAAUUUGUUGGUAAGAGAUUGAAGAUUGAUUUUUAAAUUGAUUGUUUGUGGCAUGGGGGAUAACAAUUCGCCACCUGAGUCUCCAAAAGAGAACCCGGAUCAAAAGUCAGACUCAAACCCCGUUGCUAAAAAUGAUAGUCAAUUGGAAACCAUAGUCAAGCUAAUUCCAGACUCGAUGUCCAUGGGAAAGAGACACAAGUUUUGGGAGACCCAACCAGUUGGUCAGUUUAAGGAUAUUGGGGACAGUAGCUUGCCUGAGGGUGCAAUUGAGCCUCCAACCCCGUUAUCUGAGGUUAAGCAAGAGCCGUAUAAUCUUCCAACUCAAUUUGAGUGGACGACUUGUGAUAUGGAUUCGGAGGAGACUUGUACUGAGGUUUAUAAUCUCUUGAAGAACAAUUAUGUUGAGGAUGAUGAGAGUAUGUUUAGGUUUAAUUACUCCAAGGAGUUUCUUAGGUGGGCGCUUCGCCCACCUGGUUAUUAUCCCAGCUGGCACAUUGGUGUUCGUGCUAAAACUUCCAAGAGGCUUGUUGCUUUCAUUACUGGUGUCCCUGCGAGAAUCAGGGUACGUGAUGAAGUUGUGAAAAUGGCAGAGAUCAAUUUCUUGUGUGUUCAUAAGAAGCUUAGGUCUAAGAGACUGGCUCCAGUCAUGAUUAAGGAGGUUACUAGAAGGGUUCACUUGGAGAAUAUUUGGCAAGCAGCUUAUACUGCUGGAGUGGUUCUUCCAACACCUAUAACAACUUGCCAAUAUUGGCAUCGGUCUUUGAACCCCAAGAAACUUAUUGACGUUGGUUUUUCGAGGCUUGGGGCGAGGAUGACAAUGAGCCGAACCAUAAAGCUUUACAAGUUACCACAUUCUCCGGCUACCCCAGGAUUCAGGAAAAUGGAGUGUCGUGAUGUACCUGCUGUUACUCGGUUGAUUAGGAACUACUUGAGCCAGUUUGUUGUUGCACCAGAUCUUGAUGAGAAUGAUGUUGAGCACUGGCUUCUUCCAACCGAGAAUGUGGUGGAUAGUUACUUGGUUGAGAGCCCAGAGACUCAUGAGAUUACUGAUUUCUGCAGCUUCUACUCUCUUCCUUCCUCUAUACUUGGGAAUCAAGCACAUUCAACUUUGAAAGCUGCUUAUUCAUACUAUAAUGUCGCCGCGAAGACUCCAUUGCUUCAGUUGAUGAAUGAUGCUCUUAUUGUUGCUAAACAAAGGGAUUUUGAUGUCUUCAAUGCCUUGGAUGUUAUGCAGAAUGAGACUUUCCUGAAAGAACUGAAAUUUGGACCAGGUGAUGGGCAACUUCACUAUUAUCUUUAUAAUUAUCGGUUGCGAAGUGCGAUGAAACCAUCAGAACUUGGGCUUGUACUUUUGUAGUCUUCCAACAUUGAUUCCGUGAUUUUGUUUGCUAAGUAGUGUGGUUUUGCUUUAAUAUUGGCCAUUCCUCUGCAUCAGCAACAAAUUGUCACAAUUUUCUGCGCAUGUGACAUUAGAUUUUAAGGGGUUUUUAAGCAUAAGCUGCGUAGACGGUAAACAUUGUUGUUGACAAUGGGAAUUGCUUUUUGGACUCAAAUAACACUGGGAUUUUGUUUCUCUAUUGAUUUUCAGUUCUGCCCUAUAAACUUGUUCCUUUUUUUUUCUACCCAGCAUAUUUACUGAACUUUGUAUAACGUCCGGUUAACUCUGCAGUAAAACUGAUAGUUUGGAGUCUGUUGUAUUUCAUUGCUAGCAUUUGUUUGUUGUUUUGUUGACUGUACGUGGUGACAUAUUUUGCCAUCAGUAAGACCUGAAGUUUGAUGUCUAAAACAGCAAGAAUGAACUAUGUUCAUAGCGACUUCUUACAAUCCAUUUCAAUUGCUUCCCACA